AUGGAGCCCGCCGCCCUCCGCCGCCGCCACACCCACCUGCGCGGCUGCACCGUGAUGCGGGACGCCCACCUCAACAAGGACUUGGCUUUUACCCUGGAAGAGAGACAACAAUUGAAUAUUCAUGGAUUGUUGCCACCUUGCUUCAUCAGUCAGGAUAUCCAGGUCUUGAGAGUAAUUAAAAAUUUUGAGCGUCUGAACUCUGACUUUGACAGGUAUCUUCUCUUAAUGGAUCUUCAAGAUAGAAAUGAAAAGCUCUUUUAUAGAGUGCUAAUGUCUGACAUUGAUAAAUUCAUGCCUAUUGUUUAUACCCCCACUGUGGGUCUGGCUUGCCAGCAAUAUAGUUUAAUUUUUCGGAAGCCAAGAGGUCUUUUUAUUAGUAUCCAUGAUCGAGGACAUAUUGCUUCCAUUCUUAAUGCAUGGCCAGAAGACGUCAUCAAGGCUAUUGUGGUGACUGAUGGAGAGCGUAUUCUUGGCUUGGGAGACCUUGGUUGUAAUGGAAUGGGCAUCCCUGUGGGUAAAUUAGCUCUGUAUACAGCUUGUGGAGGGAUGAAUCCUCAGGAAUGUCUGCCUGUCACUCUGGACGUGGGAACAGAAAAUGAGGAGUUACUUAAAGAUCCACUGUAUAUUGGACUACGGCAGAGAAGAGUGAGAGGUCCUGAAUAUGAUGAUUUUUUGGAUGAAUUCAUGGAGGCAGUUUCUUCCAAGUAUGGCAUGAAUUGCCUUAUUCAGUUUGAAGAUUUUGCCAAUAUAAAUGCAUUUCGUCUCCUGAACAAGUAUCGAAACCAGUAUUGCACAUUCAAUGAUGAUAUUCAAGGAACAGCGUCUGUUGCAGUCGCAGGUAUCCUUGCAGCUCUUCGAAUAACCAAGAACAAACUGUCUGAUCAAACACUACUCUUCCAAGGAGCUGGAGAGGCUGCCUUAGGGAUUGCACACCUGAUUGUUAUGGCCAUGGAAAAAGAAGGUUUACCAAGAGAGAAAGCCACAAAAAAGAUAUGGAUGGUUGACUCAAAAGGAUUGAUAGUUAAGGGACGUGCUGCCUUAACAAAAGAGAAAGAAGAAUUUGCUCAUGAGCAUGAACAAAUGAAGAAACUAGAAGACAUUGUUCAAGAAAUAAAACCAACUGCUCUCAUAGGAGUUGCUGCAGUUGGUGGUGCAUUCUCAGAACAAAUCCUCAAAGAUAUGGCUGCCUUCAAUGAACGGCCCAUUAUUUUUGCUUUGAGUAAUCCAACCAGCAAAGCGGAAUGUACUGCAGAGCAGUGCUAUAAAGCAACCAAGGGGCGUGCGGUUUUUGCCAGCGGCAGUCCUUUUGAUCCAGUCACCCUUCCAAACGGACAGACCCUGUACCCUGGCCAAGGCAACAAUUCCUAUGUGUUUCCUGGAGUUGCUCUUGGUGUUGUGGCGUGUGGACUGAGGCACAUCCCAGACAAGGUUUUCCUAGCUACUGCUGAGGUUAUAGCUCAGCAAGUGUCAGAUAAGCAUUUGGAGGAGGGCCGGCUUUAUCCUCCUUUGAACACCAUUAGAGAUAUUUCUCUGAAAAUUGCAGCAGAGAUUGUGAAAGACGCAUACCAAGAAAAGACAGCCACAGUUUAUCCCGAGCCCCCAAACAAGGAAGCAUUUGUCCUCUCUCAGAUGUAUCGCACUGAUUAUGACCAGAUUCUUCCUGAUUGUUAUUCUUGGCCUGAAGAAGCCCAGAAAAUACAGACCAAAUCUCACUAGUAGCAUAAUAGCUGACAUUUCUAACUCCAUUGAUGAGAUCUUGAAGUCUUUCAUAAUUUUUAUUAAUGAAUCUUUUAUAAUGAUUUAUAAUAUGGUAGAUUAAGAUAAUUUUACUUUAACAAUCUAAAAUUUUAUGGGGAAGAUAUUAAUAUGCUUUAGGGUAAACAUCACAUUAGAUAAUUUUGCUUCAUCGACUUUCUGGUUCUUUAUGAUUUCGAUCUUAUUUUGCCCAAGUUCUCUAAGAGCUAUUGCACCUGCUAUUGAGAAACUCUUUGUUUUUAUAUAGGGAACUAAUAGGAAGACCAAAAUGAUAUGUAUGAUUAAAAUUAAAACUCAUAAUUCUU